UGGACUCCAAAGUCUAUCUCCCCUUUGGUGAACCUUGUUGAAAUCUGUGUUCAGACCUUUCAGCCUUGAGGCUGUUACCUUUCCUUGUGUGUUUCAGGGAGAAACUAGAGGUUUCAGUGUAGAUUAUAUACAGACUUGGAGGCUCUUGUGCUUCUUCCUUUCUGUCCUCUCAAAUCAGAACACUGCAGAUUUCUGCUUAAACUCAGGGUACUUCAUACCAUAUGGAUUGGGCGGUAGUACCAGGUGGCAAGCUAUUCUUUUUUUAAGAAUUGCUCCCCCCUCCAGUUUUUGCUUAGUUUUGGUCAUUCUACUGUGCUUUUUGUCUGAGUAGAUUAUUAUUAUCUGCAGGAGGAUUAAUUUAAUAUUGCUGCUCUGCCAUUACCAGAUGUUAUACCAUAUCACUUUUUAUUCCCUAUUUUGCAUUGAUGGUAUUGCAUAUGAUUAAACAAACAAACAAACAAAACCCAUUUUCUGUGAAUGAUGGCAACAGCUUAUCAAAAUCUUCUAAUAAAAUUGAGCACAUAAAUAACCUUAUUAUUUUCUUUCUUUCAUAGACAAGAGACGAUUUCCUAGGUCAAGUGGAUGUUCCACUUUAUCCAUUACCGACAGAAAAUCCAAGAAUGGAGAGACCAUACACGUUUAAGGAUUUUGUUCUUCACCCAAGAAGUCACAAAUCAAGAGUUAAAGGUUAUCUGAGAUUAAAAAUGACUUAUUUACCUAAAACCAGUGGCUCAGAAGACGAUAACACAGAACAGGCUGAGGAAUUAGAGCCUGGCUGGGUUGUUUUGGACCAACCAGAUGCUGCUAGCCAUUUGCAUCAGCAACAGGAACCUUCUCCUCUCCCUCCAGGCUGGGAGGAGAGGCAGGAUGUCCUCGGAAGGACCUACUACGUAAACCACGGAUCGAGAAGAACUCAGUGGAAGAGACCAACCCCUCAGGAUGACCUAACAGAUGCUGAGAGUGGUAGCAUUCACCUGCAAGCCCAGCAUGCAUUUACCACUAGGCGCCAGAUAUCCGAGGAAGCAGAAAGUGUUGACAACCGGGAGUCUUCUGAGAGCUGGGAAAUGGUAAGAGAAGAUGAGGCCGCCAUGUAUAGCAGCCAGGGCUUCCCCUCACCUCCACUGUCAAGUAACUCGGAUGGUCAGACUCACCUUGCAGAAGAACUGAACGCCAGACUCACCGUGUGUGGUCAACCAGCCACCAGCCAGCCGGUGCCCAGCUCAAAUCAUUCCAGCAGACGAGGCAGCUUGCAAGCCUAUACUUUCGAGGAACAGCCUACAUUUCCUGUGCUUCUGCCUACUUCAUCCGGCUUACCGCCAGGUUGGGAAGAAAAACAAGAUGACAGAGGAAGACCGUAUUACGUGGAUCACAAUUCCAGAACUACCACCUGGACAAAGCCCACUGGACAGGCCACAAUGGAGACCAGUCCGCUGCCUUCCAGCCAGAGUCCUGCAGGCCCUCGGCCACAGCUCCCCACGGGUGAUUCGGCUCUGCCAGCGACACAGCCAUCGGAAAUUGAGCAAGGAUUCCUUCCCAAAGGCUGGGAGGUCCGGCACGCACCAAAUGGGAGACCUUUCUUUAUCGACCAUAACACCAAAACCACCACCUGGGAAGAUCCAAGGUUGAAAAUUCCAGCUCACCUGAGAGGGAAGACAUCACUUGACCCUUCCAAUGAUCUAGGACCUUUACCUCCAGGAUGGGAAGAAAGAACUCACACAGAUGGAAGAAUCUUCUACAUAAAUCAUAAUAUAAAAAGAACACAAUGGGAAGACCCUCGGUUGGAGAAUGCAGCAAUCACUGGACCAGCUGUGCCCUACUCCAGGGAUUACAAAAGAAAGUACGAGUUCUUCCGAAGAAAGUUGAAGAAGCAGGUCGGUGAUCUUUUUAAUAAGUAUUGGGCAUGAUCGUUAUAUCAGCCACAAGUGACAGUAAAUACUUCUCUAAAAGCAGAUAGAUUUUGUCUUACAGUAUUCAAAACAGCUUUGAGGGACUAGUUUCUCACAGGGAAAGGAUCCGUUAUUUUUGAGUAACUGUUACCUAUUACUAAAGACCAUCGUUACCUUAUGUCUCUGUUUACGUUCCAAUUACGUGAAAAACUAGUAAGAAAAGUUGGCUCAACCUGGUGUUUCCCCAGGGGAAUUGUGGGGCUUGGUCUCUAGAAUCUGGGCAAGAGUGUCUCAGGACACCAUCUUCUUAUCUCCUCUUUGGUGGUGGCGUAGAACUUUCUGGAUUCCUGCACUGCAUUGACUGUUGUGUUCUAGUGAUCAUCGUUCCUUUUUUAAAAGCUUCAAUUAUAACAGACUUCUGCCUAAUUUAAAAAUACAGCUGGGACUGGAACUUUGAAUGUAAUGCUCUUGUUAUUUGUCUCCCUGUGCUUAUCAGAUAGGCUCAUCGUACUUUUUUCCACCUCCACAAAUUCAGUAUGUCUAGAAUUAAACUCAUCAUCUACCCAUCGAUUUCAUUUCUGUUGGUGUUGACCAACACUUUCAGUGGCUUCUGAAUUUGCUCCAGCUUCCUUUCCUUGCAGUUUGGGACCGGUACCACUAGGUGGCUGUAUUGGGUUACACUCUCUUGGCUUCCAAGCCAGAAUUGCUUUUCCAAAGAUUCAGGAUGGUGGGUUUGCUACCACAGA